AUGUAACAAGUGGGAUCAGGAGCAACAUGAACCUAGAGAAAUAAGACUUCCAACAUUAACCGAGUUAGAGAUACAAUUAGGAAUAAAGAAUAAAGUAUCCAGAGAAGAAACCCAAAUUCCUGAAACUUUUAUUCGAGUAGAAGAUCUCAUCUUUGAAGAAUGUUUAGUUGGAAGAGAUCUAGAAAGACCACAUAAAAAUCGAUCUUUAAUGAGCAAAUGGUUAGGAAAA